UUCCGCAGGGCGCCCGCAGCCCCCGCCGGCCCCGCGCUGCAGCGCGACGGCGAGCGCGGCCCCGAGGAGGAGGCGGCGGCGGAGCUGCUGGAGAAGCUGCAGCAUCCCAGUGCUGAGGUGAGGGAGUAUGCCUGUGCCAGCAUUUCGCAGCUGCUGCAGCAGGAGCAGGUGAUCCCCGCCUUCGUGCAGCGGGACGUGGUGCGCUGCCUGGGGCCGCUGCUCAUGGACCCCAGCCUGGCUGUGCGCGAAACGGCUGCGGGCGCUCUCAGAAAUCUGAGUGCUUGUGGAGGAUUUGAUGUCUGUGAUGACAUGGUGACAGAUGACAUCAUGACACCCCUGGUUGCACUUCUGAAAGAGUGCAGCACUGGACUGGAUGCUAACCAGCUCUGUCCAAAGAAAUGCAGAGGAGUGAACAAAAAUUAUAUUGAAGACAUAGCCAAUGAGGCUAUUAAUUUACUGUGGAAUAUAUGUGAAUGCAACAAUACUGCUCUAUACAUAUUCAAUAAAGAAGGAUGUCUGGAGGCUGUCUUACAUUACAUGAAGAAAUUUGCCACGAAUGUGGAUCUGGCUAUUUCAGUAGCAAACUGCUUGCAGGCAGUGACAGAAGAUAAUCCAGAUCUUCUUUCUUCAUUUAAUGCUUCUGCACAGCAAAUACUGGAAGCAGUGAUGUUGAGUCCAGAGAGCACCAUGAAGCACAUCCUUCUGAGAACACUGAUAGCAGGCACUAUCUGGAAUAUAAAGGAUACCAUUCCACCAGGCAGCCUGGGAAGCACAGUUAAUGCAAUCCUGAAGAUAUUUUCAGAAUCAUUGGCAAUAGAUGCUGGUGAAACAAUUAUUCGUAUGAAUGAAGCUGAGAAAAACAGGUUAAAACUUGCUGUGGAACCAGAAACUGAGGAAAACAUGAGUGAUACUACAGAAAACUGUGUUUUGAGUGAAGAUGAUAACAUGGAAGAAAUACCAAAAGGAAAAUUCAGAACAGAAAAUGAUGUUUCUGAUUUACUUCCAUCUGAUAAGUGGGAACUGAAGGAGGUGACAGCUUUACUGACGGCUCAGCAGACUGCUCUGGAGAUCAUUGUUAAUAUGUGCUGCAGUGAAGAUCCCUCUGAUGAUGAGUGGGAAGAACUCUCCAGCAGUGAUGAGAGUGACUUGUUCAUGGAAAACUCAUACAAUGAGGGGAGUGGGCUGCUGCUGUCACCCCUGUGCCUCUCUGAUGAAGUUAACUCAGCAUUUCUGAACAACCUCAUUCCAAAGAAGAUUCUUGAAAAAACUGCUUUUCCGAACAGUGUUGCUGUAGACAUCUGUAUGCACAAUCCAUCUUGGAAACCAUUAAUUAAAAAACUGAAUGCAGUGCAGUGUAGAGCUUUAACGUGUCUUCAGAGCAUUUUGUUGGUGUCAGAUGUGGAUUGUCUUGGGGGAGCUUCAGCACUUCAGUCCCUUGCACAGCAUCUCUCACAGCUCAUCUUUUCUAAAACAGAACUCCCUACAGACACAGAAUUCCUGGAAGCUGUAACCAGUGCUUUGAGGGCUCUCCUACAAACAAUGGCAUCAAAGAACAUCUCCCAGUGCAUGACUCCUGAGCAGCUGUUGGCUUUGUGUGAGGCUGGUAUUCAAAGCAGCAAUGCCAGUGUUAGAGUGAACGUGGUGAGCAUCCUUGGAAUUUCUGGCAGUGUCCUGGCAAAAGGACAAGAUACAGCUGAAACACUGAAGAUGAUUGGAAAAUUUCUUCUUGAGGUUGCUAUGAAGGAAUCUUCUCUUGUGGUAGCAGGGGAAGCCUUGGAUGCACUUUUUGAUGUAUUUGCAGAUGGUGAAGAAGCAGAAAGGGCAGCGUUACAGAUCAAGUUGCUUUCAACACUGAAGGAAUUUCAGCCAGUGUUCAGAAUGAGGAUACGAAAAGAAGGCAAAGGACAAUAUAGUACUGAUCAGCUGUGUGUUCUUGACAAUGUGAAGAUGAAUUUGAGAAGAUUCAUUGCAUAUCAGGAGACACUAGGGAAAACCCCAACUUGAAACACCGAGGAACUUUUAAGGUUUUCCUUAUUGAGUAAUGUUUUAAAAAAAUAUAACUGUUUUGAACUUCCAAA